CCCCUUAAUAAGCUUUGAUAUCAGAUCUCUCUCUCCGCUUUUGAGAUGCGUGCUCCUUUAGGGCUUUCCUUUUAUACCCCAAAACGAGGCCUUUCCUUCUCUCAUCUAACCCUUUCCUCUUCUCUCUCUCCUUUUUCUCAUACGCUAUAAGGAAGGAAUCCAGAGAGAAGAGAAGAGAGUUUGUGUGUGUGAGUGAGAGAGAUGGCGAAUGUGGAAGAGAUACAAUGUGGGUCGAUGCUGUUCAAGCAAGAGGAGCUGCAAGAGAUGAGUGGGGUCAAUGUUGGAGGCGAUUAUGUUGAGGUGAUGUGUGGUUGUACCAGCCACCGAUACGGCGACGCCAUUGCUAGACUUAGGGUUUUCCCCAACGGCGAUCUCGAAAUCACCUGCGAAUGCACGCCCGGCUGCGACGAAGACAAGUUAACACCAGCUGCGUUCGAGAAGCAUUCCGGCAGAGAAACGGCUAGGAAAUGGAAAAACAAUGUGUGGGUUAUCAUUGGAGGCGAAAAGGUUCCAUUGUCAAAGACAGUGCUGCUCAAAUACUACAAUGAAGCCUUAAAGAAGUGCAGCAGAUCAAACAGAUCACAAGGUGGCAAAGUUUUCCACAGAGAUGAGUUUGUAGGGUGCAACGAAUGUGGUAAGGAGAGGAGGUUCAGGUUGAGGAGCAGAGAAGAAUGCCGCUUGCACCACAACGCAAUGGCGGAUCCAAACUGGAAAUGCUCAGAAUUUCCAUACGACAAGAUAACAUGUGAGGCAGAAGAAGAAAGAGGAAGCAGGAGAGUGUACAGAGGCUGCACACGUUCACCGACUUGCAAGGGCUGUACUUCCUGCGUCUGCUUUGGCUGCGAGUUAUGCCGUUUCUCUGAUUGUUCCUGCCAGACUUGUGUCGACUUCACCAGCAAUGUCAAAGCUUGAAGAAACCCAUCAAAUGGAGUCCCCUAAGAAAAAUGCCUCAGAGACCUGGAUGCAUUUAAGACUUUAUUCUAAAAUUCUGAAACUGUUAUAUCUAUAAUCUAUAGGUCGUUAAAUGGAUGGAGCAAAUGAUAAUAAUAAUUAAAAAAAAGAAGUGAAAAAGUGGAUUUCCUAGACGAACAUGCAGACGAGCAUGCCUCAGUUAGUGCAUGUCUUGA